AAAGCCCUGUGUAAUCGAUCACUGAGAGGGGCUGAUGUUUUCACAGUAAACGGCCCCUGUCAGCCGCCUGGCUUAUGGCUUCAGCUGGCGCAUUGACUUGAAGGGGGACAUCUUACGAAGUCUAUUUUAUUUUAUUUUUUUAUGUUUGUAAUUUUUUUGUUUUUCAUUGCAGCUUCAGUUUCUUAUGUUUUGUACAGUUCAUUUUAACCGGUCAUGACUGUGGAGCAGAAUGUCCUCCAGCAACACUCGCAAAAGCACCAGCAGACAUUGCUGAACCAGCUGCGUGAAGUCACAGGUACCACAGAUAUUCAACUUUUACAGCAAGCUUUGCAGGUCAGUAAUGGUGACCUUGGUGAUGCUGUUGCUUUUCUGACUGAGAAGAAUGUUAAGGUCCCUCAGCACGAAGAAGACACAUAUUACCAAACUGCACAGAUUGGAAAUGACAGAUAUAUCAGUGUAGGCAGUCAGGCUGAUACAAGUAUAAUUGAUCUUACUGGCGAUGACAAGGAUGACCUUCAAAGAGCUAUAGCCCUUAGUUUGGAGGAGUCAAACAGAGCAUUCCGGGAGACAGGAAUAACCGAUGAGGAGCAAGCAAUUAGCAGAGUAUUAGAGGCCAGCAUAGCAGAAAAUAAAGCUAGCUUGAAAAGAACGCAUACAGAAGUAUGGACUGAUUCCCCAAACCCCCAUGACAGAAAAAGAAUUGACAACUGUCCAGUUGGUUUAAAGAAUGUGGGAAAUACUUGCUGGUUCAGUGCAGUCAUUCAGUCUCUCUUUAACCUUUUGGAGUUUCAAAGACUUGUUCUUCAUUAUUCACCUCCGACUUAUACCACAGAUUUACCACGUAAUCAGAAGGAACGUAGAAAUCUCCCAUUCAUGCGGGAGCUGCGCCGCCUUUUCUCUCUAAUGGUGGGAUCGAAAAGAAAAUAUGUUGAUCCCUCUAAAGCAGUAGAGAUUCUUAAAGAAGCUUUCAAGUCAAAUGACUCUCAGCAGCAAGAUGUUAGUGAAUUUACUCACAAGCUUCUCGAUUGGUUAGAGGAUGCUUUUCAGAUGAAAGCAGAUGAGGAGCGAACAAGGGAUGGAGAAAAGCCUAAGAACCCAAUGGUUGAACUUUUUUACGGAAGGUUUCUUGCAGUGGGGGUUCAUGAAGGUAAAAAAUUUGAAAACAUAGAAACAUUUGGUCAGUACCCUUUGCAGGUAAAUGGUUUCAAGGAUCUACAUGAAUGCCUUGAGGCUGCAAUGGUAGAAGGGGAAAUUGAAUCUCUACACUCAGAAAACUGUGCAAAGUCCGGACAAGAGCAUUGGUUUACAGAACUACCACCUGUAUUGACAUUUGAGCUUUCAAGGUUUGAGUUUAACCAGGCAUUAGGAAGACCAGAAAAAAUACACAACAAGUUGGAAUUCCCUCAAAUGUUAUAUAUGGAUCGGUAUAUGGAUAAGAACAGAGAAAUAACAAGAUUAAAACGAGAAGAAAUUCGGAGGUUAAAAGAACAUUUAACACUAUUACAGCAAAGACUGGAAAGAUAUCUCAGUUAUGGAUCUGGUCCAAAACGCUUUCCUUUAGCUGAUGUUCUUCAGUAUGCUCUAGAAUUUGCCUCUAGUAAACCUGUUUGUGCUUCUCCAAUUGAAGACAUUGACACAACAGCACCACCAGGUGGCACAACUUCAUCAUUGACAACAUCAAAUGCAACCGAACAAGGAUCAGCUUCAUCAACAGACUCAUCUGCUACCCCUCCGUUACAACAAAGAUCAGUAGUACACAAACCAUUUACGCAGUCACGUAUUCCUCCAGACCUUCCCAUGCACCCAGCGCCACGUCAUAUUACUGAGGAUGAGUUGCGGGUUCUUGAAGGUUGUUUGCACCGCUGGAGGACAGAAGUAGAAAAAGAUACCAGAGAUCUGCAAGAAAGUAUUGCAAGGAUAUACCGCACAAUUGAGGUUAUGUACACUGAUAAGUCAAUGUCACAAGUUCCUUACCGGUUGCAUGCUGUAUUGGUACAUGAAGGCCAGGCCAAUGCUGGACACUAUUGGGCAUACAUCUUCAAUCACCAUCAAAGAAGAUGGAUGAAGUACAAUGACAUCUCUGUUACAAAAUCAUCUUGGGAGGAACUUGUACGGGAUUCCUUUGGGGGCUACAGAAAUGCCAGUGCCUACUGUCUAAUGUAUAUUAACAGUAACAAACCAUUUUUAAUAGAAGAGGAGUAUGACAAAGAGACAGGUCAGAUGUUGACUGGCUUGGAUAAACUCCCAUCUGAUUUGAAAGACUACGUAAAGGAAGACAACCAACAGUUUGAAAAAGAAAUUGCAGAGUGGGAUUUUCAGCAAGCAAGGAAAGCACAGCAGAAGCAGUUGGCAACUGUUGCUUCAUUAGGAGCAGUUGAGGAAGCCUCCCCCUUAACUGCAGCAGUUCCAGCACUAUUACAUGAUCCAGAGUACAUGGAGCAGCCUUCUCCAACAGAUGAUUUACAGGACUUAAAUAAGUGCACUGAAGACGCUAUUUCCAAAGCUUCCGAACAUGAGGCGAAAGGCCCAGAAGCCAUCUUUGACUCUACUACUAGAGAAGUCAUACCUAUGCCCUCUCCCCAGUGUGUCAUAAAGGUGGCCUCCCCUCAUGUAGGGACCUUUGUAGUAGAAUCAGAGGAGAGACUAUAUGAUAAUGAGGUCAUGCUAUCACCAACUAUGCAUGGUAUUGUCAUGGCCAUAGACAAAACCAAGAAUAUAUAUGACAGGUAUGGCCCAGAAGCAGCAUUCUUUAAGGCUAUAAGAAUUGAAUAUACCCGACUGAUGAGACUUGCUCAAGAGGACACGGCUCCUGAAAAUGACUACCGUCUAAAACAUGCCAUAGUGUAUUUCAUUCAUAAUCAAGCACCAAAGAAGAUCCUGGAAAGAACCCUACUGGAACAGUUUGCCUCACGGAAUUUAUGUUUUGAUGAACGAUAUAAAGAUAUUACGACAGUCGCACGUAUAAAACUAGAGCUGAUAAAACCUAGUGAAGUGAAUAUGGAAGAGUAUGAGAUUUGGCAUCAAGAUUACCGCAGUUUUCGUGAGACUACCAUUUACUUCAUGAUUGGUUUAGAACUGUUCCAGAAAAAGAGCUAUGUGGAGGCUUUGAUGUAUCUGAUUUUUGCCUACCAGUACAAUAAGGAGUUGUUAUCAAAAGGUCAAUACAGAGGACAUGACGAGAACUUGUUGUCACAUUACAGAAGAGAGUGCCUCCUGAAAUUAAACGAGCACGCAGCUGGCCUCUUUGAGUCCGGAGAUGAUCAAGAAGUUAAUAAUGGGCUAUCAAUAAUGAAUGAGCUGGUAGUUCCUUGCUUGCCUUUGCUACUUAUAGAUGAGCUGGAAGAAAAAGAUGUGGUAGCUGUUGAAGACAUGCGGAAUCGUUGGUGUUCAUAUUUGGGCCAAGAAAUGGAAGCUAAUCUCCAAGAAAAGCUUACCGAUUUCCUCCCCAAGUUGCUCGACUGCUCAACUGAGAUUAAAACCUUCCGUGACCCUCCAAAAUUACCUUCCUAUUCUACAAAUGAACUGUAUGAACGUUUUAAGAAAGUGAUGUUAUCUCUCAGUCGAACUCCUGCGGAUGGCAGAUGAGCAUACCCAGUUCCAGCACUCAAAAGCCCAUUUUAGCCAGUGACGCCGCCUUAUGGGGUUUGCUUUUUGCUGCUAUAGGUUUUUAUUGCUAUUAUCACUGUUAUCAUCACUGUUUUAAAGCAUCUGCAUCUGAGGUAAAGAACAGUACACUUUAAAUAAAGCGAGGCUGUAAAGGUGAUUUUUUUAGUGCAUGACGCCGAGGCUUUGUUUAAACGAGAAAGAUUUUUGGUUUACAGGUUUCUUUUUUUCUUUAUUUUUGUGUAUAACUGUAAAGAACGACUGCUGUUUUUUCCAUUGAUCUGUUACAGUAUUACGCUUUUAUUUAAAGAAAAAAGUGGCUCUUUAUUUAGACUGAGCCUUUUAAUGAUUGCAAUACAAAACUCCUAGGUGUUGGCAAAAUAGAACCUAUUUAGGCACCAAAUUGGUUUGUGAAAAACAAUGAGAGAAUAAAAUUUUAUUUAUGGCGAA